AUGUCUGCAGGGGAACAGCUCGCCGCGUUUCGCAGCCAGGAUGGCCAGGCCUAUGUGGUCGACGCUUACUGCCCUCACCUUGGGGCCAACCUCAGCGCCGGUGGGCGCGUCGUGGGCAAUUGCAUUGAAUGCCCCUUUCACGGCUGGCAGUUUCAAGGAGAAGAUGGAAAAUGCACCCACAUACCCUAUGCUGGAAAAGUGCCAGAAUUUGCGAGGGUGCGGACCUGGCCAUCCUGCGAGGUGAAUGGGAUGCUGCUGCUCUGGUACCACUGCGAAGGGAUCAGCCCAACGUGGGCAGUGCCCGAGCAGCGUGAGAUUGUCACCGGAGAGUGGGUGUUCCGUGGGCAGACAGAGCACUUCAUUGAUGCACACAUACAGGAAAUCCCUGAGAAUGCGGCUGACUCGGCUCACCUGGCUUUUCUCCAUGGGCCAGGUAUUCUGGGCGGAUCUGAUUUGAGAUACACAAGGUCCAAGCUGUGGGAUUUUAUGAAGCACAUCUGGAAGGCUGAGUGGUGGCCGGAGCUGGAGCCCAACGAGCAUUGCUCCCGCCUGCUGGUUCAACACAGCGCAACUGUCUUUGGGAAACACGUCUCCUUGAUGGAUCUGACAGUUUCUGUCAGGCAGGUGGGGCCAGGGCUGGUUUUCCUGAUCUUUGAACACGCUUUCCUGGGCCAUGGGAUCAUCCUGCAGACGGUGACUCCCCUGGAGCCUCUCCUGCAGAAUGUUGUUCACAAAAUCUACUACCAGAAGAACAUUCCGGCCAUAAUCCCCAAGUUCAUCCUGAGAGCAGAGUGCAUACAGUUUGAGCGUGAUAUGACCAUCUGGAAUAACAAACAGUACCUGCCCAAGCCACUGCUGGUCAGAGAGGACUCCAGCAUCCAGAAGCACCGACGCUGGUAUGCCCAGUUCUACAGCGAGAAGAGCAUGAGGCUCCCAGUGCAGGAGGGCCUGGACUGGUGAGGACCUUGCUGUCAGCUGCAGAAGGUGGCCAGAGGCUCUGAGGUGGCCCCUGCCCACCCUGGGCUGGUGGGCAGUGGUGCGGGGCAGGCAUGAUCAAUAUAACAAAUACUGGCACUGGCACAGGGAGCAGAGCCUGAGCCCUGGUGAUCCGCUUUUACCUUCUAUGCUCAGGGCAACAAAGUCCAAAGGGUGUAACAUGCUUGCUCUUGUGUCUGUGCUGCAACAUAUGAGCUGAGCAUGAAUUUAAGAUUGCCAGAACUGUCUUUUAAGUCCCCUUGCCUCUCGCUGCUGCUAUCAGUUUGAGUAGUUAUACAAAAAACUUUUUAUCUGGUCUUUUAUUGCCUGAAAUGUCCUUUCCCAGCCAGGCCCUUCUGUUGGCUGGGGCAGGGUUCAGCUCUCCUGGGGAGCCUUGGCCAAUGUCUGCAUGGCAUCCGAGGUGUGACUGCAGAGCCCACAGAUGUAUGCUGCCUUCCUCUCUCUGGCAGCAAGCAGGGCAGUGUGGGUUUUAGCUGCCCACUGUGUCCUUACCAUACCUGUGGGCUUCCUCGAGCCUACGGAGCUCCUGCAUGAGUCAAUUCCUGAUGGAGCUAUUGCACCUAGUUGGGAAGAAGAAGGACUAUCCUGGUGGCCAAACCACUUGGACUGACAACUCUGCAAGUCAAGGAUGUGAGUAAGAUCCUGCUUUGGUAGCUCCUGGAUUCCAGCAAUAGCUUGGGUACAUGGUUGGCUUUAAAAUUUGUGUCUCAUGGCAAAACCAAAGGUAUUGCUGUCACUGUGAUCAGAAAUUAAGCUAACACAUGUGUACUAGGCUGCAAAUCUGUCAAAAACUGGUCUGGAUUCUCCUGUGCUUUGUGCCUACAUGCUCUAUAUGAAAGGGCUAAAUUCUGCCUUUGCUUCAUACCCUGGAGAAACCUGUAAUCUCCACAGGCAGAGCCUGCCUUGUAUGGUUAGCAGGACUCUUGGCAGUUACUCUAUGCCACAAGCCAGCAACAGCAAAUGCUCAAAUCCAGGAGCUUUCCAAGGAGACUGGUAGCUGCUGUUCUCAUGUGCUGUGUGCUUGCGUCUUGUGCAUUCUGCUCUUUGCUGAGACUUCUGGUUCCUCCUUCAUCAUUAAUCCAGAGCAGGACCAGGAAUGUGCCAUCGCAGCUCUCUGCCAGUGCAGAGUCCAUCACCCACCCUGGCAGCAUCCCAGAUGUAAGCUGUGCCUUUACCACUCACAUCUGGCUAUUGCACUGUCAAUAUUUCCCUA